UGUGAGGGACUUAGAAAUGUCAAUACGACGACGUCGUAUCACAGUGGUAUACUCACUUGAUCAAUACACUGAAACUAGAAGGCUAAAGAAGAAAACAAGAACAGAAACUUAAGCAACCCCACGAGAAUGGAAGGACUAAGGAAGCUAGAAAAUGUACAGAAAAUUAUACAAAUGAUGCAAUCUCAUGGAAUUAUUAGCGACACCCAAAAUGCAAAUUCUCUUCGUUUUCUUGCUGACCUAACACUUCUUUUGGUCUCACCAUGCCGUGAGCUUGACAUUGAUGCCAAGUGCCAAUUGAUUAUUGACCAUGUGCCGAAGUUUUCACAUGCGUUCUUUGAGGAAACAAUGCAGUGCACAAGUGAGCAAGGUGUUGAACAAAUGGUAAAUACUGGUUCACUUGAUUGUGAUGAUAAGGCUAUACCUGCUCCAUUUCAAAAGGGCUUCAAGGAUACGGCAAUGAUUGGGCUUGACGCUAUGCGACGAGCUAAUUCUACAUUAGAAGAUUUUUGCAGGUCUUAUUUUAUGUUUCACAAAAUGGAUCCUCACCAGCCGCAGUCUAUAUUCAAAUACCUACCAAUACUUUCAUUCACUGAAAGUUACAUUUAUCAGUUGGAUAAUUUGAAUGAGAAACUGCUGCAGCCAUCAGUGGGGAAGGAUCGAUCAUCGUAUCGUGGAUACAGUGUGGAAACAAAAGAAAGCUGGGAUCUUACAUCUGUGAGAAUGAUGACCAAUGAUCCGUUUAGACCACUUUGUAAUGUACUUGAGCAUCAUGGGCUUUUGACAGACAGGAUAAGAGAAGAAAUGAAGAGUGGCGUAGAAUAUUGGUCUUUGGAAAGAAAGCUAUGUCAUCCACUUGGGCGUAAACAAGAGAUUUCAGUUGAAGAUGUCAUGAGAGCAAUUCAUCUGAAGUCCUUCGAUUAUCGAGUGCUGAAUCUUCUGUUGUAUCAACUGAGAGGUGAAAAGGUCAAUGAUAUGCAUAUGGAAUUUUUGUCAAUAUCAGAGUUCCUUGUGGAGGUAUCUGAUGACUUGUUUGACUAUGAGGAUGAUGUGUUAGAGAAUAAUUUCAAUAUUCUGCGCAUGUUCAACAGAAUUUAUGGGGCUUCUGCAGCACCAGCCAUGCUGGCAAAAGUUAUAACUGAAGCUGAAGAGAAGUAUGAUAAUCUAUUGAAAGCUCUUGAUCCGGAGCUCUCUCUGAACUAUCAGAAGAGAUGCGAAGAAGCUACUAAAGAAGGUGGGAAGACGUCAGGUCCGUCUCUUGGAACAUGGACUAUACCUCCUGUUAUCGAUGAUGAGGAUCUGUAUCGAUCCAAUGUUUUGAAUUCAAAGCCAUCUACUAUACCAGAGUGGACUACCUAAGUGAAAAUACUGGAUCCAGAAUUUAGACAUGUGAUCAAUUCUCUUUAAGAGCUUUGACGACACAACUUAUUUCUCUUCACAACUAGUUUGCUGUUGAGAUGAUUCAAGGCCAAGCAACCAGGAACUAGCUAAAUGUUAACUGAAACAAUAGAAGGCUACAAAUAUCAGAAGUUAUUCCUUUGGAGGUCACCAUCUAAUCCUUCACAUCCUCAUGUACCAUCAUAAAAGGUACUAACUGAUAUUCAAGAUUGCUACUUUAUAUUUUAAAACUAUUUAUUUAAAAAAGCGAAAAACGAUCGCUACUUCUUGUUCUAAAAUUAGAGCUUGUAAUUUAAAGAUUUUUGCUUAAAGGGUUUUUGUUCCUUACACCCUC